AUGAAAUCUGGCAACGCGGACGUUUAUAUGAAUGAAAUACCCGGUGGACAGUACACCAACCUUCAGUUCCAGGCCUUUUCUCUUGGAUUAGGCAGCCAGUUUGAAGAAGUUAAAAAAGCAUACAGGGAAGCCAAUCUCUUACUCGGUGAUAUAAUUAAAGUAACACCUUCAUCGAAAGUAGUUGGUGAUUUAGCUCAAUUUAUGGUGCAAAACAAAUUAACUGCUAAAGAAAUAGAAGAGAGAGCCGAGGACCUUUCUUUUCCCAAAUCUGUUGUUGAAUUCCUUCAGGGUGCUAUUGGUAUACCUUAUGGAGGGUUCCCUGAACCACUAAGAUCCAAAGUACUGAAGGACAUGCCAAGGAUAGAAGGCCGACCUGGACAAGAGUUGUUACCUCUUGACUUCGACAAAUUAAAGAAGGACUUAAUGGAAUCCUUCCCAGAUGUAUCAGAUCAUGAUGUGAUGUCAGCUGCAAUGUACCCGCAGGUUGCGAACGAUUUCUUCCGCAUUCGAGACAAAUAUGGACCUGUCAAACACUUGGACACAAAGACGUUCCUCGUUGGACCAACGAUUGGAGAAAGAAUCGAAGUUACUAUCGAGCGUGGAAAAACUCUAGACAUAAAGAUUCUGGCAGUGUCAGAAGAAAUGACCGCGGCCGGCGAGAGGGAGGUGUUCUUUGAACUGAACGGUCAGCUACGAUCGGUCUUUAUUCGUGACGAGAACGCUAGCAAGGAAAUGAAAAUCCAUCCAAAAGCUGUUAAAGGCAAUAAGGAUCAAGUUGGUGCUCCUAUGCCCGGAACCGUUCUCACAAUCAAAGUAAAGGAAGGAGACAAAGUCGACAAAGGUCAACCAAUUGCUGUCCUGUCUGCUAUGAAGAUGGAAAUGAUAGUACAAGCACCCAGAGCGGGAACCAUCAAGUCUGUAUCCAUCACAAACGGUCAGAAGUUGGAGGGUGACGACCUGAUCUGCACCAUCGAAUAA